AUGAACAUUUUAUAUUCUUGUUUGCAGGCUAUUAGUCUUUUGGGUCCAGCAACGUUCGACGCUUCAAAGCUCAAAGUUGAAUUUAUAGGAGAAGAGUUCAAUGAUUAUGUAGGAAUCAUCCCAAGAACUUACAUCCUAUCACAUUGUGACUUCACAGCUAACCUAACCUUAACGAUCUCCAAUGUCAUCAACCUUGAUCAGUUAAAAGGAUGGUACAGCAAGGAUGACGUGGUUGCAGAAUGGAAACGGGUGAAUGGUGAAAUGUGCCUACAUAUUCAUUGCUAUGUGAGCGGUCCCAAUCUCAUGCUGGACCUGGCCGCAGAGUUUAGAUAUCACAUAUUUUCCAAAGAAAUGCCUUUGGUACUCAAAGCUGUGUUACAUGGAGACUCUCUACUUUUCAGAGAGCAUCCCGAGCUAUUGGAUGCCUUGGUUCGGGUUUAUUUUCAUUCCAAUUUGAAGAAGUACAAUAGAAUUGAAUGCUGGGGGCCUCUCAAGGAUGCUGUAGAGGGAAGACAAGGGGAUCAUACCAAAGGAAUAACUGCACACAUGGAUUCUUCCCAUCCUCGGGACAAGCAGAGAACGCCAAAAUCAAUAUUUCAAGUUCUAUUUGCAUUCCUUCUUUGAUUCUUUGAAGUCAAUAACUGCACAUAUGGAUUCUUCCCAUCCUCGGGACAAGCAGGGAACGCCAAAAUCCAUAUUUCAAGUUCUAUUUGCAUUCCUCCUUUGAUUCUUUGAAGUCUAUUGCGUAUUAUGAUCUCGAAGUUUUUUAAUACCUUCGAGGCUUGUCAACUUCAACAGCUAACGCCAGAGGCAGUGAAGGAAUCAGCUUUCAUGUGUAAAGUUCAAAUAAUUCUUUGGGAAGACGCAAAAAGGGAAAAAAAAUCAGGUUGAUGUAAAACAAGGACUGUUUGGGGUUCAUAAAACUGAUUCACAAUUUUUCUGUGACUAAGACCAAUUUGUUCAUGCGUUAAUCAAUGGCUAAUGUCUUUGUUGC